AUGAUUCAUGAACUUGGUCUUCCGACAUUGUUUAUAACAUUGUCGAAGGCUGAAGGUUUGUGGACUCAUCUUCAUAAUAUACUUAUCAAUACAAACAACUACGAUCUAUUACCAACAAACAGACCACUACGCACAACCCUUUAUUUUAUUCACAGACUUAAAAAUAUUAAAAAAAUAGAGUUUCAAAAUCAUGGAGCAGCACAUCUUCAUAGAGUCUACUGGACAACUACAAGCAUAUUAGAAAUGAUAAAUUUAAAUACCAUACAAUCCACCCUCCCAGAUCCUAAUUUAGAACCCAAACUUUAUCAAAGAGUUCUUAUCUUUCAAACACAUACUUGUAACUUUACAUGUGAAGAACCAGCACCACCAGGAUUAACAU